AGACGAACUGGAGCUGUCACCCACAUCAAGAUCCAGAACACAGGGGACUACUAUGAUCUCUAUGGAGGGGAGAAGUUUGCUACACUGGCUGAGUUAGUCCAGUAUUACAUGGAACAUCAUGGGCAGCUCAAAGAAAAGAAUGGAGAUGUUAUAGAGUUGAAAUAUCCUCUGAACUGUGCUGAUCCUACAUCUGAAAGGUGGUUCCACGGGCAUCUGUCUGGAAGAGAAGCUGAAAAACUAUUAACUGAGAAAGGAAAACAUGGAAGCUUUCUUGUGCGCGAGAGUCAAAGCCACCCUGGGGACUUUGUUCUUUCUGUCCGGACGGGAGAUGAUAAAGGAGAGAGCAAUGAUGGGAAAUCUAAAGUGACACAUGUCAUGAUUCACUGCCAGGAGCUGAAAUAUGAUGUUGGUGGAGGAGAGAAAUUUGACUCUCUGACAGAUCUGGUGGAACAUUAUAAGAAAAAUCCUAUGGUAGAAACUUUGGGCACAGUAUUGCAACUGAAACAGCCUUUGAACACCACGCGGAUUAAUGCUGCAGAGAUCGAAAGCAGAGUGCGGGAGCUAAGCAAGCUAGCAGAGACUACGGAUAAAGUCAAGCAGGGCUUCUGGGAAGAAUUUGAGACUUUACAACAACAAGAAUGUAAACUUCUAUAUAGUCGCAAAGAAGGUCAGAGACAAGAGAACAAGAACAAAAAUAGAUACAAAAACAUUUUACCCUUUGAUCACACCAGAGUUGUUCUACAUGAUGGUGAUCCAAACGAACCGGUUUCAGACUAUAUCAAUGCUAAUAUUAUUAUGCCUGAAUUUGAAACAAAGUGCAACAACUCAAAGCCAAAAAAAAGCUACAUUGCUACUCAAGGCUGUCUACAGAACACAGUGAAUGAUUUUUGGAGAAUGGUGUUCCAGGAGAAUUCUCGAGUUAUUGUUAUGACAACAAAAGAAGUUGAAAGAGGAAAGAGUAAAUGUGUCAAGUACUGGCCUGAUGAGUAUUCCCUAAAGGAGUACGGUGUUAUGCGGGUUAGGAAUGUUAAGGAGAGUGCAGCACACGAUUACACUCUACGAGAACUCAAACUCUCAAAGGUUGGGCAAGGGAACACAGAGAGAACAGUCUGGCAGUAUCACUUCAGAACCUGGCCUGAUCAUGGAGUGCCAAGCGACCCUGGUGGUGUGCUAGACUUUCUAGAAGAGGUGCAUCACAAGCAGGAAAGCAUUUCUGAUGCAGGGCCAGUCGUGGUCCACUGCAGCGCUGGAAUCGGACGAACCGGGACUUUCAUUGUGAUUGAUAUUCUUAUUGACAUAAUCAGAGAAAAAGGGGUGGACUGUGAUAUCGAUGUUCCAAAGACCAUUCAGAUGGUGAGAUCACAGCGAUCAGGAAUGGUUCAAACAGAAGCACAGUACAGAUUUAUUUACAUGGCAGUGCAGCACUACAUUGAAACGCUACAACGCAGGAUUGAAGAGGAGCAGAAGAGUAAGAGAAAAGGUCACGAAUACACAAACAUUAAAUAUUCUUUAUCGGACCAGACGAGUGGGGAUCAGAGCCCUCUUCCACCCUGCACCCCAACCCCAACGUGUCCAGAAAUGAGAGAAGAUAGUGCUAGAGUAUAUGAAAAUGUGGGGCUGAUGCAACAGCAGAAAAGUUUCAGAUGAGAAGCUGUCCAGGCACUUCCAAGAAGAGACAGAAAUGAAUAUGGCUUUU